AUGGGGUCUGCCAUUCAUGAAGUCACUCCGGGUGUGGAGCAUCGGCAUUGUGUAAGGCAUCUACACAAUAACAUGAAAAAAUCGCAUCCAGGUGAAUCAAUAAAAGCAAGAUUUUGGACUUGUACAAGGUCAUCAUACAUGCGCAAAUUUGAGAGUGAGAUGGAUGCUUUAAACGAGUAUGACUACAAUACUCAUAAGUGGCUGGUGGACAAUACAAAUCCAAGACAAUGGUCAAGAUCACAUUUUAGAGAAACAACUAAGUGCGAUAUCCUACUGAAUAAUCUUUGUGAGAGUUUCAAUGCUGUGAUCUUGGAAGCUAGAGAGAAACCAAUCUUGGGUAUGUUGGAGACCCUUAGAAUUUACCUCAUGGAUAGGAUGCAGAUAAAAAGGGAAUGGAUGAAGAAGAGGACUGAUAUAAUAUGUCCAAAGAUUCAAAAAAAGCUUGAAAAGGCAAAAAAUGAGAUUGCCGCCAAUAUUGCUAGACACUCAGACGACAAAAGAUUCGAAGUGCAGCAUAUCUACGGUGGAACCUAUGUGGUUGAUGUCGAAAGAUGCACAUGCACGUGUAGAAAGUGGGAGCUCACGGAAUUGCCCUGUUGCCAUGAAGUUUGCCGUAUUUCACUAAUAAAUGCCACACCAGAGGACUACGUGCACAGCAGCUACUUGAGAGAGGCGUAUUUGGCCUCGUACGACCCAGCUAUUGCUCCAUUACCGGGAUCUAAUGCUUGGAGGGAUUCUGGUAAGAUCCCGAUCCUACCACUAAAGAAGUUGAGACUUCCUGCUGAGCAUUUAGUUGGCCAUGGCACUGGAAGGGGUCCUUCUCUCAGCAGCAACAAAUGCAGCAAAUGUCAUGUGGACGGUCACAAUCGAAGAACAUAUCCAACUAGUCAUCCCGAGGGCCACUCUGAUAUUGUAGGGACUGACUUAGACCAUAGCCAGGCUGCACAACUAAUGGAUGAACAACCUGUAGCGGGUGAACAACAAACAGGUGAAGGCUGCCAUGUGGACAUACAAGCUGUUGUUCAUGAAGAAAAUGUUUCAAGUGCACAUUUCACUGAAGUUGUUGAAUCGAAGAAGAAAAUCAAAUGCAGCUUCUGUCGAGCUCCAGGGCAUAAUAAAAAGACAUGUCCAACUAUACAAGCACAAGGUUGGAGAUUAAGGAAUGCAAAAAUGAAUACUUAUGGUUAG